AUGUGUGAAGGAACCAUCUACGACUUUUGGUGCCCCUGCAUCUUCCACGCCCCUUCAACCUCCUUCUACCUCCAAUUCGACAUCCACCCCCCCGACUUCAACUACACCUUCACCCGCCGCCCCACCACCAACCCUCUGAAAGCCCACCUGUCCAAAAGCUCCCACAGCAUCGUCUACAGCCAGCACUGCGCCGCCUACAAGUUCUGCGACGACUACCUCCACUCCGGAGGCUUCAACCCCGGCGAUGUGCUCGACAUGGGCGGGCUGUGCCCUGCUGGCCACCAAGUGACGUAUGAAAGGGAGGCGUUUAUUUCCUCGCGGCUGUGUGAUGCUUGUAUCAGCGGGGGAUGUGAGGAGAAUAUGGAGUUUGCGGGGGUCAGGACUGUGAGGAGGAGUCGAUAUGGGUGGAGGAGUAGGGAGGAGGAGAGGGAGGGGAGGAAGAGGAGCAGAAGUAGACGGGGGAGGGGGGUGAGUCCGGCGGGGAGUGUGAGGAGCUUUGACUCUACGGGGAGGGGGAGGAGUCCAUCUGUGGGGUCGACGGGGACGGUGAAGGGGAGGGAUAUGGGGGUGAAAAAACGGGGGGAGGCUGGGGAGGGGGAGGGGAAGACGCUGGGGGCGAUGGACGUGAAGAGUUUGGUGGAUAAGAUGGUUCAAACGGUGUCUGCGCUCCGGAUUGGUGGGGGUGCUGAGAGACAAGACCAGCCGCGCGUGAUGCCUGCCAGUGACCUCGAAGCCAUGGCUGAAGAGUCGAUGCCGACACCGCUGCCAUCUCGACAUAAACCUAGCGGGAAGAACCUAGAAGAUAUGUUUGACAACAGCGGCCGGCCGGAGUAUGACUCUGACCAGGACACAGUGGUCGGUGCCUCAAAAACUACGGAAAACAAAAGCAAGGUAAAUGGAAAGACAAUCGCUGCGGAUGAGGUUUCCGGGGUUAUGCAGGAAACACCCACCGACAGAAGCAAGAGUCGCAAACGCCGCAUGUGGACCGACCCAAGGACUGAUGAAGAAGCAUCUCGCGUACUGAGGUUUCUGAGACGGGGGAAGGGUGCUGCUCCCGUCGAGACCGGUAACUCACGAGAGAGAUCUCGAGGUCAAGGGUAUGAGCGCAUUACAAUCGAAUGA